AUGCUCAACACCACAACACGAUGUUCGGAUACAACAGCAAACAGCAAACACCACGGUCUCGUCCUCGUCAAUGCAUUCAACAUUGGCUCCUUCAAGUUUGAGCCUAUCCUGGAGAUGUUACAGGAUCCGGCACUUCACACGGAAGCGCUCGACGAGAUCCAAAUGCUAGCAUUCGCAUGCUUUGGAAAGGCAGAAAAGAUCCUGGACACCGCACGUUUUGGCUUCAAGUUCAUCUCGGAACAGCAGAGGGAGCCUUUGCAGGCCUACAUCGAUCUGUUUGGAGAAGCUGCCACCGUGCUGGAGUGCAUAGCUUACAUUGUGCAGCUUCAGAGUCUCGGCGCUUCCAAAAGCCCUGAGACCAUUCGACGCAUAGUCGAGAUAGCAAAAGAAGUGUUCAGUACCUGGCCAACAGCUGCAGAAGAUCAAGACGAAGUGGGUCUUGCAUCCGUGGAAGCGCUCGCCGCUGCGACAAGCUCACGGCGACGAUCCGAAGACGUAUCAUCAGCUCGGUUGCAAGAAAAGCAGAGCUACGGAACACCGGAUGGAAGCACGAGCCUGAACAAUGUCGAUACGGGCACCGCAAUACCCGCUGACAGCGGCGCAAGCCUUCAUCAUGUGCAAGCUCAGCCAGGAGAACCCAUGGUCCCAUCAGAAAAGAAGCGAAAGGUAGCAUGGGAAAACGACGACGAGGUCCAAGCAAACACAGUAUCGGCUGACAACAGCACGAGCUCGAAUCAUGUACAAGCUCAGCUGGAGACAUCAAUGACCCCCUCAAGAAAACAGCGACGGGCAACAGUGGAGACUGACCGCGAUGACCUUGUGCAAUCUCAGUCAAAAACGUCAAUGAUCCUCUCAAGAAAGAGACCACGGGUAACAGUGGAGACUGACGGCGAAGACCUCGUGCAGUCUCACGACGACGAUGCCCCUGAAAGGAGGAACAGACAUGUUUUUGCGGAGAUGGGCGACGGUGAAGCAGGCGAGGCGAGCAUCUUAGCACCCGAACCAGGCAACGGCGACAAAGGUGGUAUCUGUAGUCCGGCACCAAAGUCAACGAAGGCAUCGCAACCAGUGGAUGCACCUCCCUGCGAGCGCUUCGACUCUAGCAUCGAUCUCAACUCACGCUUCGGCCUAUCCUCGCCACUCGCCUUUCGAGAAAAUCACCCAAGCACCGCAGACGGUCAUCGUCUCUCCUUCGUGGGCCGCGUCCUCCUUCCGACCUACUACGUCUCGAAAAAGUACAAGGAGAUGAAGCUCCAGCUGAGCCAUGACACUUACCUGACGGUUAUGAAUCGGAACGACUCGAUGAUGUACUACUCGGUACAGCACGAAUCUCUGGCAAAUCGCAGGAUGCCCAUGGUGGUCAGGAAUGUGAUGCGCGGACGCGGUGGGAAUUUCUUGCUCUUCGAUGGGCAGUCGAGGCUCGAGCCGAUCGGGAGAGAGUACACGGUGGAACAGGUGUUCGAGUUCAACGACGCUUAUGAUCGAGAGUUCCGCACUUGA